UGGGUUAGGUUAAGCUCGGGACCUUCUCGAAGAGGACCCAUUUAUUUUUUUUUCUUUCCAAAAUGGCAGCCUCCAGCCGUGCACAAGUGUUAGAUCUGUACCGGGCGAUGCUGAGAGAGAGCAAGUAUUUCAGCGCCUACAAUUACAGAACUUACGCUGUCAGGAGGAUAAGAGAUGCCUUCAGAGAAAAUAAGAAUGUAAAGCAUCCUGUAGAAAUUCAAGCCCUAGUGAAUAAAGCCAGAAGAGACCUUGGAAUAAUUCAUCGACAAGUGCACAUCGGCCAAAUGUAUUCGACUGACAAGCUUAUCAUUGAGAAUCAAGAGAAGCCUAGGACCUAGGGGGCCGGGACCAGCCACCACCAGCUUCAGCAUCCAUUCUGCGCUUGGGGUGGGGGCUCCCCCCAGACCACAAGUGGCCUCUUCCAUCAGCUUAGAAUAGCCUCUUGCUCAGCCUGCCUUGUAGGAGCUGAUAAACUGAGUCCGGUUUCCAUUCUUCUGUAGCCUUAGUGAAAAAGGGUGGCUGGCUCUCCUUGAUUCAAGUGUCAGAG